AUGCCUCUAUCACAAGAAUAUCAAUUUGAACUUUCUUUGUUCGAAAAGGAAAUUGAUUUACAAAAACCAUCAGAUUUUCUUCAAUUUGCUGCAAAUUAUUUUAAUAAAAGAUUAGAAUUGCAACGACAAUUUAUUAAAAAUCAAGAACAAUUAGCUAAAUCAAAAGGAAUCAUUCUAUUCCCAACAAAUAAUAAUAGAAAUGAUUCUAUUUCAGCUGGUAAUGCGAUAUCAAAUCCAAAUAGUCAUAGUAAUUCGAAUGUGGAUAUUCCAUCUCAAUUAUCAAGAAAUGGUACACCAGUAGAUAAUAACUCACAAAAUGUUAAAUUUAAAUCACCAUUUGCUGAUAAUGAUCCUCAUACUGUACCACAUAAUGAUGAAACAAAUAAUAAUAAUAAUAACAAUAAAAAUAAAAAUACUCAAGUUGGACAAAUUCACAGUAAUGAAAAUUCUUCUUCUGAUUUAUUUAAGGGUUCUUUUAAUUUAGGUGGUAAUGCAUCUCAACCACAACAUGAUAAAGAAGAUCCUCAUGCUGUUAAUAGAAAACGUAAUAAUAAUUCACCAUUAGGCCCAUUUGAUGGUCAUCAAAAUACUGAAUCUAAAGCUAAUAAAAAGACAACUGCAAUUAAUGGUGGUACUCCAUUACCAUUUCAUUUUAAUGCUGAAAGGCGUACUUCUGUUAGUGGUGAAACUAUUAAUCCAGAUAAUUUUGAUGAUUGGACACCAGAAAAUUUCUCUGAAAAGAGUGAUUCUCAAUUGAAAAGAUUGGAACAAUCUAUUGGUAAGAAUUUCUUAUUUAAUAAAUUAGAUUCAGAUAAUAGAAGACUUGUUGUAAAUUGUUUAGAAGAAAAAACUGUUAACAAAGGUGACAUUAUUAUUCAACAAGGUGAUGAAGGUGAUUAUUUCUAUAUUGUUGAAAAGGGUAUAGUAGAAUUCUAUGUUAAUAAACAAAGAGUUAGUACUUCAGGUGCAGGUUCAAGUUUUGGUGAAUUAGCUUUAAUGUAUAAUUCACCAAGAGCUGCUACCGUUAUUGCACAAACAGAUUGUAUACUUUGGGUGUUGGAUAGAUUAACUUUUAGAAAGAUAUUAUUAGGUAGUUCAUUCAAGAAGAGAUUAAUGUACGAUGAUUUAUUAAGAAGUAUACCUGUAUUAAAGAGUUUAACUACAUAUGAUCGUGCAAAAUUAGCUGAUGCAUUAGACACUCAAAUAUAUGAAGCUGGACAAGUUAUUAUUAAAGAAGGUGAUUCGGGUGAAAAUUUCUAUCUUGUUGAAUAUGGUAAAUGUUCUGUUACAAAGAAGGAUAAAGGUGAAGUUGCAUCAUUGACUAAAGGUUCUUAUUUUGGUGAAGUUGCUUUAAUUAAUGAUCUUCCACGUCAAGCUACUGUUACAGCUACUGAAAGAACAAAAGUUGCAUUUUUAGGUAAGAGUGGAUUCCAAAGAUUAUUAGGUCCAGUUGUAGAUGUCCUAAAAUUGAAUGAUCCAACACGUGAAGAACGUGAAGCACAAAAACAUUAA